AUGGGGAAAGCCCCCAGAAGGUCACCCCCCGAUGAGGCCUAUCAAGAAGGCCCCCUCUUGGCUCCCUGUGAAUCCGAAAAGGCUGAGACUAUUUCCACGGGUGCAGAUGGUGAGACUUCCCGACGGGAGCCUCCAUCGCAGCCGCGGCUGCUCUCGUCCCUUCUGCCUGCCGCAGCACUUCCGUCGGCGUCCAGAAGCAGAUGGUUGGAAGAGACUUCGCGAGCAGAGCUAGUCCGAUCAACAGCUUUUUUAGCAUCGGCGCGGUCAGCAGCAGAGGGUGCGGUGUCUGCGUUUGGCGAUGGGAGCCUUGCCUGGAGGCUCCUGCGUUCCUCGGCAGCUCUGCUGCCUCCAGGGCUUUAUGGGGGUGGCUCCCUGCUCGGUUCUCAGACUCUUCACCACGAAGCAGCCGUUCCCUCCAUAGCAGCAAGUGCGGCAAAAAUAACAGAACCGACACAGGAGCCAAGAGCAGCGGCAGCUCCUCCGACCGCGCAGGAUACGCCAGAUUACCUUGAAUGUUGCCAUGCAGUUCCUCGGCGUUCGUCUUCUACUGCUUUCCUCCCUGAAAGCUUCUCUGUGGACGCACCUGGUUGUGCUCCUGACACUGCUACCAGUGUGAGUCUUACUUCUGCUGCUGGGGCUUCCGCCUUUGUGGCAUUUCUGCCGGGUGCUGCAGCGUCGACUGCAGUCACUCCUGUAGCAGCAGACGGCCUGAAUGACGCUGCAGCCACUGCAGCGAUUCGUGCAGUUGCAGAUGUAGAGGACCUUGGAAACGGCGGCUGUUUGCCGUGGGAGCCUUCAGUGCACGAACCCUCUGACGAUAAUUGCAAAAACAGCAGCUUUACUGACACAGCAGACGGUUCCGAGUGGGGGGACCUCUGGCAAGCCGCGGCAGCGUGGGCUGACUGUGGAGGUGCUGCAGCUCUUGGAGGGGAUUCGCUGCUGCUUGCUGCUGAGCUGCUGAAGGUUGCUGCUGCAGUUGCUGCUGCUACUGGAGUUCGAUACUGCAGUGGGCUGGCCAUACGCCUCAAACAUGAGCAGCAGGUGCAGUCAAAACUUAAGCAGCAGAAGGAGAAAGAGCGACAGCGACUGCAGCAACAAGGAAGGCGGCAGCACGAGGUACGUCUUCUUGCUGCAGCAGCUGCACGGCUGUGUCUAAAGGCCCUGGCCGCAACCGAAAGAUCCCUCAGGCUGGCUACAGACCUUGUCGGAGAACUUUCUUGCCGCAUCGUCUUCCGAUCUGCUUUGCUGCUGGCCAAAUGGUGUCUCUCCAUCAGCAGCUCCACGGCAAGUCGUUGGUGCUGCUGCCCUAACCCCGCCAUGGGUGCUGCCACCUCAAACAUAUCACCUUUUCCGCCGCUGCUGGUGCUGCCGCCACUGCCGGUACGGCAGAAGAACCGGGAAAUGUUGCUACUGCUGUACCAUCAGCAGCAGCAAGAGCGGCUGCCAAAGCGUGCAGCACCGCCACACCUGCCUUCAUACUGUGAGACGUCCAAGGCGUCAUUUGUUACGGGGGGCCUUCCUGUCCGUCUCACAAAACAUCUAGUGCCUAGCGCCAAUGACGGAUCAGAGAUCCCCAAGGCCUCCUGCCCAAUUCCACAUGAAUUCCCCAUAACCUCUAUCGGGAGAUCUUCCGAGAGGCUUUCACAGCAAGGGGCAACUGCGGACUGUUCCUGCCGCUUCUGCUCAGCAGCCGAAGGGUACUUGCCUGGGGCCUUCCCUUGGUUAGGGGGGUCUUCAAUCGCUGCUAGCCUGUGCAGCUUCAACAGUGGCAAAAACAGUGUCAGAGGACUUUCUCGAGAUCCCUUUGAUAGUGGAGAGGACGUCGGGCUUCUCGACUACAAGCUUGUUCUGGAUCGGGCUGAGAUGCUCCUUACAUUGGUUGCUGAGCAAAUAGCUGCAGCUGCCAUCGCACAAACAUCACAGGCGAGCGCCUGCGGCAGUUCCAUACAGGCAAAUGAGCCUUCAACUGAUAGUUGGGCUCCUAAAUGCCACAUACGCAAGGGUGCGCAACUUAACACACCAGGAAGCCCGGAUUCAACUAUCGUAAGGAUCCCUGGAUUUCUUGAAGCUGCUGCAGUAGCACCGAACCCGUCGUUGACUGACGCAGCAGCGAUGUACAUCUCAGUAGGGGAUUCAGCAGCAGCUGCUGUUGAGGCGGCAGCCGAUUUAAACGUGGCUCCUAUUUUAUGCAGUGGGGUGUCUCUACGACUGGUUGCAUCACGCGUGCUCCUUGAGUUCCUUGAGGGAGCUAAUGCAUGUACGCAGCUAAGAUUCAAAGUAGCCGAAUUAACAAAGUGGCUAGAUCACCUGCGGUUGGUUUCAAAGGAGUUGUCGGAUCAGUACCAGCAGUAA